CAAAAAAGAGUCUGAUGUAUAUAAUGCAGGAUUGGUGGCUUAUUAUGUUGCAACAAAAGGAGAACACCCUUUUGGAACUAAACGGUAUCGACUGGACAACAUGUUGAAUGGGAAGCCUGUUGGCUUGGACGUAAUCAAGGAUGAAACAUUAAAAGACCUUCUGUCGUGGAUGUUAAAACUACAACCAGAAGAAAGACCAUCUGCCAACAAAGCCUUGAAACAUCCAUUUCUUAUGUCGGAUGACGAGAAAUUCGAAUUUUUAUGUAAAGUUGGAAACCUACAGUCGACUAAAACAAAUGAUCCUCAAUCUAGUAUCGUCCAACAUUUGAAUAUUGAAUCUUCAAACUGGAGAAGCCAAAUGGAUAACGAUGUUUAUAAAUAUUUGGUAAAUGGAAGACAUUAUGGAUCUUCAUGGACAGAAUGCUUAAGGCUCAUUCGAAAUAUUGGCAUGCAUUGGAACGAUAGACCACGACAUCUACCACAACCAGAACCAUUUUAUAAGAUUGGCAACCACAGGGAGUAUUUUCUCAAAACGUUUCCCAGUCUCCCUGUUCAGGUACAUGCUGCUGUCAGGUCAAAUGAAGAAUUGAAAGACGAACCAAAACUUAAGGGUAAGCAUACUAGCUUGAUAAUUCACAUAUCGUCAAAGAUAUAG